AUGUCGGCACCCCUGGCCGGGGUCGGCGGAGGCCGAAUAUGGAAAAUGCCGACGCAGACAAAAACUCUCGUUGCGGUUGGCGUCGGGAUCAGCGUGAUUUUGUUGAGCUGGUGGAUAAAGAGGCUUUUCUCCAAGCCGAAAAAGCCGCCCCAACGUCGUCAACUUUCUUUGAGAACACCAGAAGUCCCUUCUGUCACGGACUUCUCGAACCUGUCAGAUUCGGAUCGAACCUAUCGCACCGCUCCGUCUCGCCAGUCGAUGAGGAGACGUCUCGGGCCCAGCAUCAGUGGUAGCGUACCACCGAAUGAGGCGGUACUCUUUGGAGGCCUUGACAACUGCCGCGAAACCAUCUCCUCCCUGCAGAAAGCCAUGAACGGGCUGGAGAUGAUCAAGAAUCGCUCUGAAAGGGAUCGGCAACGUGCUGAAAGUCUUGCCGCAGUCCUCGAUCGGCUUCGAUUCGUCGAGGCCGAUUUGAAUCGGGUGAUCCAAGAAGGAGGGUUCGAUCACUUGAAGGCGGAAGACGGCGUUUCCCUCGGCAGCGGCUUCCAGCUGGCCCCGUCGAUGAGGACGAAAACCCUGUCCGUCCUCUCCGACGAGUCCUUCAUGUCGGCCGUUGAGGACUUUGCCGUCUCGCUUGACGAAGACCCCUCCGCUCCGAACUAUGAGAUCGCUAGUGAUGAGCUCCUGUUUUUGCAGCAGGGCUAUGAAGCGGCCAGGAAUGGACAGGUCGCCUGUCGUCGAGACCGAAGCGAUAUAUGUCAGUGCGCCAAUGAAGAAGAGUUUUUGGCGAAGUUGUUCUGCAUCAGAAAGGCUUUAAAUAUUGUCUGCGCAGAUGAGCAUCGCCGGGUUUGGCUCCAAAAUUCUGGCCGUACCCUGCUAGGAAACCUGAUGCAGAACUGCCAACAAGACCCAACGACUUUCUUCAAGGCCUACGACGACAUGAUGAAUUUCUUCGAGGAUGAGAUCAAUCGGGAGAUGGCUGAGGACGAAUUGAGGAUGAGAGGGGUGCCCGAGCUCGGCUUCUGGGACGUCAUCCUCGACUUUAUUUUGCUGGAUGCCUUCGGGGAUCUGAAGUCCCCACCAUCAGCGAUUUACUCAGUGACGAAGAAUUUCUGGCUGUCUCAGAGUAUGAAGUACUCAACGAUAUCUACUGUUAUUUGGAGUAUGCUGAAGGCGAAGCGGCAGAGGUUACAGUACCCCAACGGCUUCAUCGCACAUUUCUACAACAUCUCCGAGGCUGUGUCUCCAUCCAUCACCCUCGGAUUUCUCGGAACUGAUGCUCAAAUUGGGGAGCUUUGCUACUACUUUAAGGAGCAGGUAACCCAGCUCGUGCUCGACCUGUUCAAUCCAAAACGCGUCCGCUACACUACUGUAGAAGAAAUGGCCGACGACGCUUGGGUUAUUAUUCAGAAUCGGACGGAGUCGAUCUUGUCGAGGCUGUCUUCUGAGCUCUUAAUG